GUAAUUAAUCAUUUCGAACACAUUUUGAACAAAAAAAAUAUUCACGCUUUGAAAUAUUAUUAAUGUUACCAAAGAGACCAGAUUAAUUUAGAUGUGUAGUUGAGUACCGGCUGUUUAACGGCUGGAGGCGUUGAGGAGGUUAGCUAGUGUUGCUACAACAUUCUGAAAGACAAGAGAAGAAGAAACUGGGUAGAAAUGGCAGCUUACACGAGAGGCGUGAUGUGCCUGUUUUCCGUAGAGCGGAAUGUUUUCCUGACACAGAGGAGCGCUGUUUUGGUGGAAUCAAAACGGUUUGUUCGCGGACUGAGGAGGAAACCUGUCCGAGUGUUGUUUCCCGAAAACGAGACGAGUAAAGUCCUGAAGCCUCCGCAGUCUGAGCAGAAUGUCUGGAGAUUAAAGGAGGCCGAAGUCACAUCUGCAGGAGGACAUCCAUCUACAGGAGGACAUCCAGAAGAAACGGACUCGGUCAAAUCAAGGAGUAACGUGCAGUCGAGUGUAAAACAUGUUUGUGUUUCAAAGGAUCAAGUUGACGGACUGCGCUUUGACAGGGCUUUUCCUGGAGAUAAAAGAUUGGCGAGGUUGGUGAGUGUUGCUCGUUCCAGGACGUUUCGGGAGCACCAGGGUAAAAUUCUGCUGGAGGGCAGACGUUUGAUCUGUGACGCCCUGGAUGCUGGAGCCAACCCACAGACGGUGUUCUUCAGUACAGUGGAUCGGCUCCGAGAGCUGCCCUUAGACAAGCUGAGGAGGGCCUCGCUGGUUAAAGUCAAGUUUGAAGACAUCAAGACCUGGUCUGAACUUGUGGCCCCACAAGGAGUGAUCGCCAUAUUUUCUCGGCCGGAUCCAUCACGGAUGAACUUUGCUGAUAGAAGUCAUUCAGUUCCGCUUUCCUUGAUAUGUGACAACAUCCGAGACCCCGGCAAUCUUGGCACGAUGCUGCGAUGUGCUGCUGCCGCUGGCUGCCAUAAUGUCCUCCUCACAAAGGGUUGUGUGGAUGUUUGGGAGCCUAAAGUUCUGCGUGCAGCCAUGGGCGCCCACUUCCGCCUUCCCAUCCACCCCAGCCUGACCUGGGAUGAUAUCAAAAGUCAUCUUCCUAAACCUGUGACUGUCCAUGUGGCUGACAGCAGCUGUGAACCUCACAGAAGCAGAGAAACUGAAGUUAUUGCGUCUCACAAGCCGUCCAAAGCAGGAGACUACGGUUGGGUCAGCUCAAGGCCUAGUCGCAGAAACACCCGCUACGAGGAGUACGAUUCUGACUCUGAUGCUGAGUCCGACGACGAGAGACUUUCCCUCCCCAGAGUGGACACCAAGCUGUACCAUGACAGCUGGGCUCGGAGCCCCACUGCUCUUGUGAUUGGUGGAGAGACCCAUGGUCUGAGUGUAGAAUCUGUCCAGUUAGCUGAGAGAACUGAUGGUCACAGGCUCUUUAUUCCAGUCGCUCCUGAUGUGGACAGUUUGAACUCUGCCAUGGCAGCCAGCAUUCUGUUGUUUGAGGGCAGGAAGCAACUGUUAAAACUACUGCAAACAUCUGGGAAGAAAAGGCAGCCUAAAGCUGAGAGGCAGGUCUCAUAAUGUUUCCUCUAAAUAUCGGACUCAAUAGAAUAACUUCAUCUUCUGUAUCAUAUUCUGCUAGUAAUAAAACCUCGGAAUUUCAGUCAAGA